CCCCAACCCCAACCUCGCGCUUCACUUUCCAACGAGCGAAGCCGUCGUCGAGGCGUCCGUCUCCUCCUCCUCCUUCUCCUACUGCUGCUGCUGCUGCUUAAACCCCUCAGGGCUCCGGGCCGACGCUCCAUUUGUGGCUGUUGGGUUUGGAGCUUCAGGCGCAAUGGCCCCCAAGGGCGCCGGCCGUGGCAAGGGCAGGGGCGGCGGCGGCGGCGGCAAAGGCGACAAGAGGAAGAAGGAAGAGAAAGUUGUGCCGAGUGCCAUAGACGUCACGGUUGUCACUCCCUAUGAAUCCCAGGUUACACUCAAGGGGAUAUCUACGGACCGUGUUCUGGACGUGAGGAAGCUGCUGGGCUCGAAUGUGGAGACGUGCCACCUGACAAACUACUCGCUCUCGCACGUGACGCGAGGGCAGCGGCUGGAGGACGGCGUGGAAAUCGUGUCGCUGAAACCAUGCUCUCUCACCAUCGUGGAAGAGGAGUACGCGACGGAGGCGGCGGCGGCGGCGCAAGUCCGGCGGCUGCUGGACAUCGUCGCCUGCACCACCGCGUUCGUGAACAAGCCCCGCGACGGCGCCAAGCACAAGUCGUCCAAGCACGCGCGCCCGGCGACGCCGCCGUCACCGCCCGCGCUCGCCGCCUCCCCCGACGCCCAUGGCGCCGGCGCCGCCCAGGCGCCGCCGAUAUCGGAGGCGCACGACAUGGCGGCCAUCCGUCCGCCGCCCAGGCUGGGCGAGUUCUACGACUUCCUCUCCUUCGCCCACCUCACCCCGCCCGUCCACUUUAUCAGGAGGAAGGAGAGCAAUGGCGCUUCUCAGGAAGGCGACUACUUCGAAAUCGAGGUGAAAGUUUGCAAUGGGAAGCUCCUGCACAUCGUUGCUUCCGUCAAGGGCUUCUAUUCGGCAGGGAAGCCGCACACCGUGAGCCACUCCUUGGUGGAUCUGUUGCAACAGCUCAGCAGUGCAUUUGCCAAUGCAUAUGAUGCACUGAUGAAAGCUUUUCUGGAUCACAACAAGUUUGGGAAUCUACCAUACGGAUUUCGUGCAAACACAUGGCUUAUUCCUCCUAUAUACUUGGAUUCUGCUACAAAGUGCCCAGCAUUACCAGUUGAGGAUGAGAAUUGGGGUGGAAACGGGGGUGGCAAUGGGCGAGAUGGAAAGUAUGACAGAAGACGAUGGGCAAAAGAAUUUUCUACUUUGGCUAGAAUGCCAUGCAAAACUGAGGAAGGGAGGGUGAUCAGAGACCGGAAGGCUUUUCUUUUACACAAUCUCUUUGUAGAUACAGCAAUUUUUAGAGCUGCAUCAACAAUACAGAGACUCAUUGAUCUGUCUGGGAACUCAACUAGUCAACAAGCUGGCCUAGAUGGUUCUUUAGCAAUCGAGGAACGUGUUGGUGACUUGCUUAUAACUGUAAAGAGGGAUCAGGCUGAUGCUAGUUUAAAGCUGGAGGAUAAAGUUGAUGGAGUUGCACUCUAUCAAACCGGUUCUAUGGAUAUAUCACAAAGAAAUCUUCUAAAAGGUUUAACUUCUGAUGAAAGUGUCGUUGUUAAGGACACCUCAAUACUCGGAGUGGUUAUUGUUAAACAUUGUGGAUAUACAGCAACAGUGAAGGUUUCAGGGCGCACAAAGGACGGAAAUGGUGGCAAACAAACCAGUGAUAUCUGUGAUCAUCUCGAUGGAAUUUCGAAUGUUGAUGUAGAUGAUUUGCCAGAUGGAGGUUCUAAUGCCUUGAACAUUAACAGUCUAAGAAUAUCACUGCCAAAAAUUGUCAACUCAGACAUCGCUAGUACUCAGUGUCCUACUCCGCAGUCUCAUGUUGAUAAUCAUGCAAGGAAACUAGUGCGCAAAAUACUUGAAGAUAGCUUGAUGAAGCUGGAGAACAUGCCUGCCAAUAAUCCUAGAACCAUCAGAUGGGAACUUGGGUCAUCCUGGCUGCAAAACUUGCAGAAAAAGGAUUCGCCGGCAUCUGAGGACAAGAAAAAUGCAGGACAUGUUGAAAAAGAGACAACUAUCAAAGGUCUUGGUAAGCACUUUGAACAGCUAAAGAAAAUUAAAAAGAAAGAAUGCCAUGUUGAAGGUGCUAUGUCUGAGAAGGAAGACUCUGACAGUAACUGCUCUGUCAUAAAUGGCAUGGAAGAAUCUGAAAACACCAAGGAGACUGAUAUUAGCAAGCUGAUGUCAGAGGAUGAUUUCUGUCGCCUUAAGGAUCUGGGAGCUGGACUUCAUCAAAAGUCCCUUGAAGAGCUCACUAUGAUGGCCCAUAAAUUCUAUGAUGAUACUGCGCUUCCAAAGCUGGUGGCUGAUUUUGCUUCCCUUGAACUUUCUCCUGUGGAUGGAAGAACCAUGACCGAUUUCAUGCACACAAGGGGUCUUAAUAUGUGCUCCUUAGGCCGUGUGGUAGAGCUCGCGGAGAAGCUUCCACAUAUCCAGUCAAUUUGCAUCCAUGAAAUGGUCAUUAGGUCCUUUAAGCACAUUGUUCGAGCUGUUAUUGCAGCUGUUGAUGACAUGCAAAAUAUGUCUGCAGCUAUUGCUGAGACUUUAAACAUUUUACUUGGAUGCCCAAGACUUGAAAGUGGCACUGAAACAGAUGCACAUAGUGAACAUAAUUUGAGAUUUAGAUGGGUAGAGAGGUUCCUUUCUAAAAGGUACAAUUGGAAAUUGAAAGAUGAAUUUGCACACUUGCGGAAAUUUAUCAUUCUGAGAGGUCUUUGCAGUAAGGUUGGACUUGAGUUGGUUGCGAGAGAUUAUGAUAUGAAUAGCCCAAAUCCAUUUGACAAAUCUGACAUAGUUAACAUUAUUCCUGUAUGCAAGCAUGUGGUGUACUCUUCUAUUGAUGGUCGAAACUUAUUAGAAUCAUCAAAGAUGGCUUUGGAUAAAGGAAAACUUGAUGAUGCCGUCAACUUCGGAACAAAGGCGUUGUCCAAAAUUGUAGCAGUUUGUGGUCCAUACCAUCGGCUGACUGCUAAUGCGUACAGUCUUCUUGCUGUAGUUCUUUACCAUACUGGAGAUUUUAAUCAGGCAACUAUAUAUCAGCAGAAGGCACUUGAUAUCAAUGAAAGAGAGCUAGGUCUUGACCACCCAGAAACUAUGAAGAGUUACGGGGAUUUAUCUGUCUUCUACUACCGUCUCCAGCACAUCGAAAUGGCUCUAAAGUAUGUCAACCGUGCACUAUAUCUACUCCAAUUUUCUUGUGGGCUUUCACAUCCAAAUUCAGCUGCCACAUACAUAAAUGUGGCUAUGAUGGAAGAAGGUAUGGGAAAUGUUCAUGUCGCUCUCAGGUACUUGCAUGAAGCACUGAAGUGCAACAAGAGACUGCUAGGAGCUGAUCACAUUCAGACUGCUGCGAGCUAUCAUGCCAUAGCCAUAGCCCUCUCAAUGAUGGAUGCAUACUCCUUGAGUGUUCAGCAUGAACAGACCACCUUACAGAUACUUCAGGAGAAACUAGGACAAGAUGACCUUCGAACUCAGGAUGCUGCUGCAUGGCUUGAGUAUUUUGAGUCAAAAGCAUUAGAACAACAAGAGGCCGCCCGAAGGGGCAUCCCAAAACCUGACUCAUCUAUUGCAAGCAAAGGACAUCUUAGUGUAUCAGAUCUACUUGACUACAUAAGCCCGGAUCAGGAAAGAAAAGAGAGGGAUACACAAAGAAAGGGCAGGCGUGCAAAGAAUAAUAUCAGAGCCCAUCAAGGUGAAUUAGUUGAAGAAAAGGAGAGCUUUGAGCACGACAUAGGAUCUCCUCAUGAAGCAAACAAAGAGGAGUUUCAACAAGUAAAAUCGAAGGCACACCCUCCAGCAAUAUCAGAAGAAAAUUAUGCUAUCCAUGAUGAGCUGAAGCAAGUUGAUCCUUUAUCACCUGAAGAAUAUUCUGAUGAAGGGUGGCAAGCAGCUAAUUUGCGUGGACGAUCUGCAAAUGUACGGAAGAAAAGCAGUCGCAGAAGGCCCGCUCUCACUAAAUUAAUGGUUGAUCGCUUGGAAGAUGGCCGCACAGGUUCUGCUUAUAGGGCUGGUGUACAACAACACAUGAAAGGAGAUAAAGAAGAUGUUAUAAACUCUUCUAGCCAGCUCUCCUUUGGCAGCUUUCUAAAAACUGACAAGGUGAAUGGGAAUUCCAGCAAUAUUGAAAAUAAGGUUUUCAAUGCUAUAUCUAAACCAGAACGAGGCAUAAAGCUUUCAGGAAUUAACAGACCUGCUACUAUAGCUUCCAAGUUGGUAUCAUACAAAGAUGUAGCAGUGUCACCCCCUGGCACAGUCUUGAAACCGAUUUUGGAGCAGAAGGAAGCAAAGGAGAAGGAUAAUGCACAAAAUACUGAUCUAAUAGUGUCAUCUGAGGAGGAAGAUAAGAAGUUAACAGAUGAAGAUGAAGAAAAGGAAAAGCCAAGUCAUGACAGCAGCAAAGAGGUUCUUUCAAGUGAACCAGAGGAAAUCGGCAAUGAUGAAAAAGCUCCGGACAGCAACAGUGAUGAAAGCCCAACUGAAUCUAAGAAAAAAGGUGGAAGCAAGCUUUCAGCUUCAGCGCCUCCAUUCAAUCCUGGAUCACUCUUAUCGAUGUCGCACCCUUACAGUACAGUGGCAAUAUAUGAUGCUAGCGUCGUUCUUCAGCCAAUACCAAGUCAACCAAUGGAGAUUCUCCCUCACGCCAUUGAUACUAGGGUACCCCGUGGUCCUCGGUCCACAUUGUACUACCGUACUGGGCAUACCUUCCAAAGAAAACAGGGUUACGCACACAGCCAGAGCACCAUUCUGAGGGGUAGCAACUCCCCCCCAACCAUGAAUCCUCAUGCUGCCGAGUUUGUGCCUGGAAAAACUUCGCAACAACCUGAUGUGGCUAACAGAGAGCCUAGUGCAGAUGUUUCUGUAACUGAUUCAGCAGAUCAACUGUUGGCACCACAGACAUCAGAUGAAGUAAAGGCUGGUAUGCCUGCAGCAGAACAAGCAAUUCAAGGUGAGAGCACCAGCCCAUGCAAAGGAAAGGAAAACAGAGCGAAAGAUGCCUUGAGAAACUCAUGCAAAACAGAGCUGGCAAGGCAGAUUUUGUUCAGUUUCAUCGUCAAGUCAGUACAUGAUAGCUUAGGUUCCACUGGAGCUGAAUCGGACAGAAAACCAAGUGGACCAGACGAAUCUGGUAAUGCACAGAGCAGCAACAACAUAAACAAGAGUCCGUCAGGUCGCAAAGAGCUUGACAAACAGCAGAAGGCCACCGUGGUACCUAAGAGUGAGAAGGAUACAGAAGGAUUUACAGUAGUUUCAAAACGUAGAAGAAGCAAGCAGCACUUUGUGCAUCCCAUACAUGGUCUCUAUUCCCAGCAGUCAAUUUGCACUUCUGUCAGCUAAAGGUCCCGGUAGAUCUCUUUUUGGGAGUCGCCAUAUUUUGGAAGAAAGGUAUCGCUUAAUUACUUAGCUUAGACGCUUGGUAGCAAAAGUCUUACCCUAUCCAGAUGAUCGAGAGCAUGUAGUGAAACUGUACAAAGCUUUCCGCAAUGUCUUUUGUGUAAUAAAUUUUGUAAUUUUGGGGUAGCA